CUCCUCUUGUGCUUUCUGCUUUGUAAACACUGGUUUUAUGACGGUUCAUGGUUUGAACACAUGAUAAUCCACAUUGUUAUUGUCUUCAGUUUUUGUUGUUAAAAUAUAACUUUUACGGUAACUGUAUCCAAAAAAAAAGGCUUUCCAUCCACAGGAGACAGGUGGAGAAGAGAGCAGAGGGUUGCAAACAGAUAAAGAAACAUGGUCUUGAAUAGGGUGAUAACAAAAAGAAAAGAAAAAGGGUGGAGGUCAGGAAAGACAGUCAGUGGGCGAGGAGAACAAAUGCCAAGCUUCAGUUUCAGUGAGGGCUGUGUGUGGAUGGGAUUGAGAUCUUUUGGAGCUACAGUAAUAUAAUAUAAGAUAUGAAACAUAAUCAUAAAAUGAAAUGUGAUAAAACUGUUUUUUUUAGACUGAAAUUAGUUUUAAGAGUUGCUUUCAACAGUAUCACCUAUGUAGCAAUUAGAAUACUUUAAUGGAGGCUUUUGAGUUGUAUCACUAGUUUAGUAACCGCCUCUGGCCCCAUCAUGGAGGUCCAGUGGAGAGUUGUGCAAAUGAUGAGUUAGUACACCUAAUAAUCAAUGAAAAGGGCGUGCCCAUAAUGUGUCCAUACUUAACAGUUGAUAGAUUAAAUACUUGAUAUUUAUUUAAUCUUGCACCUUUAAUCUUUGUCCCCACACAAGUCUGUGUACACAAGAAAUCCAUGCUGAUAUUAUCUACGUUCGUAGUGUGAUCCAUUAAUGUUGGUGGUCAAGUGGUGAAAUCAGUUUCCAAUUAACUUCAAACAAAAGUUAACUAUGCUUAUUGGAUUCAUUUGAAGACACACAUUUAGAAACACAAUUAGCUGUUGUUGCCAAAAGAACUGAGGAUCUCCAAUAUGGCAGCCCGAGGGGGGAACCCCUGUAAUAUGUGUACAUAAGGAAGAUGGUAAAAAUAUUCCGGGAGCCCUCUCGUUUAAAAUUAGCCAGGAAACUACAUUAACACCAGUGACCUUUUUAUAACCUUCAUGGCGUGUGAAUGUUUUCUGAGAUAAAAAGACAGGAGGAGUGUACAUGUGAAGAAGAGAGAGAUUUAAUGAAAUACGGUACAAUAAGUGUCUUGUGAAGGCUGUAUUUGAAAUUUAUAAAAUUCCUAAUAAGUAUUAAAACCCAUUUUCCCACAAUUCAUCAUGUAUGAAGUGAGUAUUUUAAAAGGUGACACAUUUUUACCCAGUUUGUACAGCACACUUAAGCACACAUUUUACUCCAGCAAAGUUUAUUUUCUUAGUUUGAGGAUUGUGAGCCUGGCUAUUAGACUCCACUUAUGGUGUUUUCUUUAAAAAUAUUGUCUCUGAUGUGUAUCUAAACUGAAAGAAAAUGACAGAGCGACAGGAAGAUGGUAUGCAUGAAACAAAGAGACAGCUGGUAGGGUAAAAAGAGUAACAGAAUUAGUAGAUUUAUCUUGAAAAUAACCCUCCUCAAAAGUUUCUUUUCUCAUAAGAUUGUCACUUAAUUUGAUAUUUUAUCUUGUCAUGUUUUUUGUGGAAACAGUUUGUCUGGUCUGCUCUGAUUUAUGAAGAUGAUAAAGUAAUAUUUUUUUGUUGUGGUGGUAUCAUUCUGCUUCUGUAAGCCCACAUCAUGAACCUGAAUUACUGUCAUCAGAAAAUUAAGAACUGUGUUUAAGAUAUAACAUUUGUAACUAUGAUUGUAAACUUACAGUGUGUAAAAAUGUCUAAAAGUUUCCAUUUUACAGCAACUGUCAAAAUGGAACCGACAAAAUAAAUGCUGACACUUGUUUUGCUGGAUAAUGAUUACAUUAGUAAAUUUUAGUUACUGGGGAAAAAUGUGGCAUUACUGAUUAAAUGUCAGUUAUAUUUGCAUGUUCACACAUUGUAAAGCCUUGAAAUGCAGUGUAGUUGUUGUACAGUUGUACAAAGUGUGUUGUGGUAUUGCAUCUCACAUUUUUAUUUUUACCUUACUCUUAAGCUAGUUCAGUGCAGUUUGUCAAAACUUUUUAAAUUUUAUCAAAAACGUUGAAUUUGCAGCACUUAACCUGCCUUAAUGUCCAACUGUAGUGUUUUACAGUAUUUAGUAAAACACUUGGAUUUAUCAUUUGACAAACACUCAUCAAUGUGAUCAGAUAUAUUGUGUUAACUUUUGUAAAACUGGAGCAGCGUUUCGCUCCAGUCAAACUCCACCAGGUGAUUUCACUGAUCAGUUGCUCCUCCUGCACUGAUUAUUACUGAAUGUCUGCACCUGCUCUGACCUCCACAGCUCCUCUAAAUCAAGCAGACGAGGAAGCAAACGCGAGGUUCAGUCAGCUGCAGACUGUGAGCGUAGAGAUGCUGCAGUAAAAACAUUCAUCAAAGCUAUCUACUCAGGACUAUGACAUCCAUGACAUUGAAUGGUCUGCAGUCCAACAAACACAUUGUAGCCAUCAUGAACUUGAAUAGUUCAACAAGCAUGGUUUCCCUGCAAAAAACACUUCCAACUGAAUAUACAAGCAACAACAAUCUCAGUGUAGAAGUUAGGCUAAAAAUUGCAAGGAUUAAAAUUGAACAUUAUUUUGGUGACCUGUCCCUUUAUUGUACUGUAAAGUUGUGCUGGUUGUGGGGUCUCUGACAGCCUAAUUUAAAUGCAUAUUUAUGUUUUAUUUAAGUGUCUUCCUACCAUGCAUGCUAUGUACUUGUAUGCUAUUUAACAGCAUUAAAGGUUGAUUUUCUAACAUAAA